CAUAUGAUUUUUUGACAUAUUUCCAAGAUGAGGUCUUCCUCACAACCACACAGAGUGUAGCUUUCAGAGUUGAUUAUAUUUUUCCUAUCGGAUUGUGGCAUCAUUCACCUCCUCGUUUCUUUAAUGACUCCGAGGAAGCACGCGCCUUCGCCGUAUACCGCGCUCGCAUCGUGACGCUCGGCGCCGCGCCGCGCUCCGCUCCGCUCCGCCGCCACCGCUCGCUGUGCUCUGCUCUCGCUGCCACACCCUCCCUUUCUCCAUCUCCGUCUGGCACGCGGGCAGCUGUGCGGGGAGCGUCUCUCGGUGCGUGCGUCUUGGCUGUCGUGCACCCGCAGCAUCAGCAACACAAAAGGGCUCGGAGCUGUCGGGGGGCCAGGGUUUACCUCAGCGCCGAUCGAAGGGGAAGAAGCGCGUUUUCAAACAAAGGCCUCGAUGGAGACGGCAGCGACAUUCAUCUGGGUAAAACGAGCUUUGUGAUAAAGAGCAGAUCGAUGUUCCCCCGGGUUUUGCUGCAGUGGUGCACGGCCGUCUCAAGCUGUGCUGCCAAAAUAGAGAGAAGACGGCAGGGCAAAUUCCAGCCGUUCAAACGGCUCUUCGGGAAGAAGAAGAAACGGGAAACUAAAAGGAGCUUUGAUGGAGCAGAGCUAAAAGCAAGUUUUUCAACCGGGGAAGUGUGCAGUGGAGCUGUGUCUGACAAUGAGGAGUCCAGUAAAAAUCUGAGGGACCUAAAUCCCAUCGGAUCUCGAGCUCUCUCCCACGACAGCAUCUUUAUCCCAGAGGAGCCGCCAGAGGAUCUCGGUCUGGAUCACAGCAUGUCCCAGGAAAACGUUUCAGAUAAAGUUAGGAACCUUCAGAGGCAGAUCGCACAAGGUAUAAAGUUCGGCCAGAGGCCUCCUUCUCUUCGAAAAAGUGAGGGGGAUGAGGGAAGCUCAGAUGAGGAAGAGGUUCCCCGAAGCCCUCUGAAGGUUUUGGCCCACGUAGAAGCUGAGCCGCCCAAAAUGGAACCAAAGGUCCAAGGAGCUCAAUCAUCUGCGCAGCACAGCACGCCAGUGAAGUCCCCGAGAUCCAAACGGGUCCUCCAACCAACCGGUACCAUUGAGUCCAUCAAUCUAGACGCCGUCCCUCAGUCUGUCACUCGCCUGGACAACACCGCCGCCAAGCAUAAGCUCUCCGUCAAACCGAAAAACCAGAGGAUUUCCCGCAAACACCGGCGGUUCACACUGGAUCUCCAGGAGGUGUCUAUUCCUGGAGUCAUGCAGGAGGAGCUGGAGGCAGCUGACCAGCGCAGAGCAUCUCUGGAGUCCUCCAAGGAAAGCUUGAAGAAGCAGAGAUUCUAUGAGGAGGAAAUACUGGAGGCCCGGAGGAGGAGGGAGAUGGAGGAGCAACAGUUCAGAGAGGAAAUGGAGGAGAGGAAGAAGAGGGCGGAGGAGCUGAGGCUGCGUGAACUGGAGGAAGAGAGGAGUCACAAGAAGCAACAGGAGGAACAAGAGAAGAGGAUGCGAGAGGAGGCAGAGAGGAGGAGGAAAGAAGAGGAGGAGCAAAGGAGAGUCAGAGAAGAAGAGGAAAAACGUAAGCAAGAAGAGGCUGAGAGACAAAGAGAGGAGGAGGAUAGAAGGAUGAAAGAAGAGGAAGAACAGAGGAGGCGAGAGGAGGCUGAAAGAAGAAUAAGGGAGGAGGAAAGAAAGAUGAGGGAGGAAGCAGAGAGGCUGAGGAGAGAGGAGGAGGAAAGAAGGAUCAGGGAAGAGGAAGAAAGGAGGAAGCUGGAGGAGGAAAUGAAAAGGCAAGAAGAACGUCAACGGCAAGAGGAAGAAGAGAGGAGGCGACUGCAAGAGCAAAAGCAAGUAGAGGAAAAGGAAAGGAAGAGACACGAGGAAGAAGAAAAGAAGAAGCGAGAAGAGGAGGCAGUGGCAAGGAGGCAACGGAAACUUGAGGCAGAGAAGCGCAAAAAGCAAGAAGAGGAAAGGAAGAAAAAAGAGGAGCAGAAACUGAGGCUGAGGGAGACGGAGCAAAAGAAACAGCUGGAACUGGAGGAGCAGAAGAAGAUGCUGACAGAAGAGGCCGCUGGGGGCUCUGAUGAACAAGAGAGGAAGCGGCGAGCCGAGGAGCAGCGCUGGAGGGAGAUGGAGGAGCGGCAGAGACCCUUUUCCUUCAAGGUUUCCUCUGGAGAGAAACAGAUUCUCUUCCAGAAGGUCAACCUGACCCCUGUUACACCAGCCGCCAGCCAUCAGGGCACUGCGGACGCUGAUCAAAGGGAAGGAGAUACAGCUUCCUCCCAGGAUGGAAAAGACUCCCCCAACCUGCCGGCAUCUCCAUAUGUCCCCCACACAGCUAUCCUGGUGACAGGCGCCCAGCUCUGUGGGACAGCUGUCAAUUUAGACCAGAUCAAAGACACAGCAUGCAAGUCCCUACUGGGUUUAGGAGAGGAAAGAAAGGCCCAAGGAACACCUUCCGCAACGGGCAAGAGCUCGCCGGACCGCAAAUCCGGAAAAACCAAGUCUCUCAGUGAGUCUUCGGUCUCCCCGGAUCAGUCGAGCGCAGCCGUGCUGGCGGAGUGGGCAAGUAUCCGCUCAAAGAUAUUUAAGGGGGUCGAGGAUGGGAAGUACGAUGAGUACCCGGAUCCUCCGAGCAGGAAUCAGCCUCAACUCAGUGGCGAUGAGCAGCCUCCGUUUGCUCACACCAACCUCAGAAAAACAAUGUCCGCCAGUGCCAAGUUCUCCAUCAUCCCUGCAAAGAAGAAGUUUGGCGACUCAAACAGAAACUCUGAGGUCUUCAGCACAGAUCACAAGGAUGGAGGAGGAGAGGAAGCUGUUCGAUCUGACAGUCCUACAGCCGCGUCCCAAUCUCCAACCGUUAAACCUCACACCCGGACAAGCAAAACUGUUCGGAUUGUAGAGAGAGGCUCAGAGGAGUGCAUGUUUGCCAAAGACCUCCCAUCUUUCCUGGUUCCCAGCCCCGGGGACAGACCUGAGGGCUCCGAAGUAAAGAGCCGGCUUCAGAACAAGACAGAGGAGGGGGAGGCGCAGGGACAGGACGGUGAGGACAACCCCUCACCUUUUGGAAUAAAGCUGAGAAGGACAAACUACUCUCUGCGUUUUCACAGCGAACAGUCCACGGAGAAACGGAAGAAACGCUACAGCGCUGGAGACAGCUUCGACGGCAUCCCUUCACCUCUCACUCCAAUCGAGCCAGACUCUGAUGUCUCCUCCGUCUUUUCUGACAAAUCAACUCCCACAUCGCCUCAGAAAGAGGGAGUAGUGAGCAAAUACCUUCAUGCAUCUGCAUCUCCUGCCAUAACCCGGGGUAAGCUAGGCAAACCUACUAGCCCUGUCCUGCACAACGAAGGAGAGAAAGUCCUAUCCAAACCACCGCUAUACCGAAGACCAACAACAUCGCCCAAGCCCUCCGGAGCCACCCCAACGCCUCCUCCUUCUCCGCUACCUAAAGUAGCCCACAGGUUCCCCUGUGAGGAAGCGAUCCAGAGGACAGGUAGUCCGGAUCUAUCCGUCCAGGAGCAGGCUAGUAGAAGCGAAGACUCAUCAGCAGUGACUCAGCUGCACAGAGGCAGCCACAGUAAUGUCCAAUUAGAGGAGGAGCCAAAGGAGAAGAGGUCUUUCUUCCCCUCCAUCAACAUCCCUUGGAGAGAGAAGGCAGACAGGAAGGCAGAGCUCAUCAGGCGAGAAAAACCUUCCUUACAGGCCAGGCACUCACUGGACAGCGCACGGGUCCAGGAGAAGGAAGCCGGGCCCUUAUGGAUUACCCUGGCCCUGCAGAAGCAGAAAGGCUUCAGGGAGCAACAGCAGACUCGCGAGGAUCGUCGAAGCCAAAGAGAGGCCAAGCUAGCAGAGAAGCAUGCCAGAGAGAAAGACAGUGUUGCAUUGGUGAGUCCUACAGACGGGAGAGAGAGCGGGGGGACCAGUCCUUCCUCCAAGCCUCAGACUCCUGAGGAGCCCAAAAGACCUGACAGCCUGCAAGGACGAUUCGACCGCAGAGAUCCGCUAAAAAAGGCCAGCACUUUACCGAGCUCAGUCACAGUUGAAAUCUCAGACUCCACACCGUCGCCACCUGCUGUCAAGGACGUGUCAAAGCGAUUCCCCUCCAGCGACUCUCCCCAGGUGUCCACAGAGCCGGCCUGGCUGGCACUAGCGAAACGAAAGGCCAAAGCCUGGAGUGACUGUCCACAGAUCAUCAAAUAAGCCCCACCACCCGAUGCCAGUUUAACGCGGCAUGCAUGGGGGAACGCACACAACCCACGGAGCCUGAGGAUCACUUUCUCCCGCCCACAUGAAAACUCCUCAUUGAGACACCACUGGCUGCUAUAACCACCAUGUUAAAGUGCGCUUCACUUUCAAAAAUUACCAAUAAGGCUGCGCAGAUAUAUGUAAACAGAUGAGAGCAUGCAUAUAUUGUAUCCAAUCACACCAAUUGUACGUCCCCUAAAGACAAAGUCCUCAGCAGCCAAUCACAGCCAUGGCUGACCACCGCAGUAGCCAACCUUUUCUUUUUUUUUUUAUUUUGUAACGUAGGAGCCAACUGGGUCACCAUGGUUGUAAUAAAUUGUGUGCUCGACACAAUCCGUGCUCCGAGGAACAGCAGCGCUUAAUCAGCAGAGGGUAUCCGUCUGAAUCAUGUUUUAAGGGCUACCAGUAAAAAAAAAGAAAAAGAGAGAGAGAGAGAGAGAGAGAGAAAAAUAACAACCCAGCAUGGCCGCUCCUCUGGAAAAGCUUGUUAAAGGCACCUCCUCUGCCCUCUUCCGUAUUAUUUAUGUACAGCAGCAGGUUUAUCUACACUGAAACUGUAUUGUAGCUUUUAUCUGAGCCUUGUUUGUUGUGUAAAGAGGGAAUAUUGUGCUUUUUCUUUUUUUUUUCUCAAGUCAUACUGGAAAUAAUAAAUCUCACUGUGUCCGUGAUGACUGUGACAGAACAACAAACUGGACUUAAAACGCGGCGUGAAGGACAUUAAGCGCUGCGUCUGUGUGAAAAUGGACUUUAGAGACAAACCUAACACCUGCUACAAUUCUUCUGGCAUGUCCUCCUGUAGACUCACACCGUCACUACUUCUUCAUUGGGACCCGAUCACACAACAUGUAAGCGUUUCCCGUAUGACGCAGCAAAACCUCUUCAUCAUCUGUAAGUAUGUAUUUGCUCUGAAAGAGACCCAGGAACCUGAGUCGCUUUGUUUCUAACUUUGGUCGUGCACAAUAGUGUAGUGUACGCAGUGUUAUCUGUAA